AUGCUGUUCUUCUGUCUGUCUUUGUCCCUGUUGUUCCAAUCAGGUCUUCCCAUCAGAGUGAUCCAACCAGUGAGACACAUCCUGGCAGACAUGGGCUCUUCCAUAAGGAUGGACUGCAGUUUGGAACAAUAUUCAAUGAACAAUUUUUGGAUGUACUGGUUUGGACAGAGGAACAAUGGGGCAGAGAUAAAGAAAAUCUGCUCAGAAACUGAGAAAACAGAGCGUUUUAAGUGUUUCCUUGAUGGAGCCAAUAAUAACUUUUCUGUGGAGAUCAAAGCGCUGAUCCCAGACGACACAGGCUCGUACUACUGCACGGCCUCUCACAGCAAUGCAUUCUACCACAGCGCUCUGCACCGCGGAGCUGGGAUCACAGUCUCUGCACCAAUGUGGCUAGAGCCGGAGCCGGAGCCAGUAUUGGAGACCACACAGGACCUGGUUGGGGUCACAGUUUGGCCACUUUUGGGAGAAUCUAUUGGAACCAGACUCACUGUUCUUGAAAAGGACCAAGAGAUCACUCCCCCCACAGUGGAAGUCUUUGCCCCGUCUGAGAAGGAGCGUCCGCAGAGAAGAGACGGACCCAAAGCCAAGACACUGGUGUGUGUGGCCAGAGACUUCUACCCGGAUCAUGUGACCGUGUCCUGGCAGGUCAACAAAGAUUCCAGAGUACACGGGGUAUCUACAGACACUGAGCCCCAGAGGCAAGGCAAGAAAUACACCAUCAGCAGCCGCCUCAGGGUGACAGUGGAAGAGUGGACACAGCCAGACAACAUUUUCACCUGCAUCGUGAGCUUCUUUAACGGGCGAGAGAACAAAGAUUACGAAGACAAUAUUCGGGGCAUCAAAGAACAAGAAGACAAUAUUCAGGUCAUCAAAGAACAAGAAGACAGUAGCUGGACUAGAGAGGAAUAUCUGAAGAUGACCCAACAUGCAAAACUGUCCUACACCCUCUUAAUUGCCAAAGGUGUCGUCUACGGGCUCUUUGUGGCUUUUCUGAUCUGGAGGGUUCAGGCUUUAAAUGGAAAACAAACCUGA